AUGUCAAGAGUAUUUCUCGAGGAGGCUGAUCGUCCUCCUCCCGCUUAUUAUCAAAAUAAUAAUUCAAAAGAGCAAGAACCAUUGAAAAUUGUUCCCUUUCAGACGCCGGACCCAGAAAAAUGGAUUAGUGCUCCUGAAUUUGUUCCUCGUUCGAAGCAGCUAGCAGAUGCAUUCGGCUUUCCAGCAACUGAUUUUGAUAAUCAAAACAUUCCAAAAGCAACACAAUUUGAUCCAAACUAUUACGAUUUCUCUCAUCAGAAUCCAUUUUCACCACAGUCCAUUUCAAUGAAUACACCUGCUCCUUUCAAUGGUAUUCCACCUGGAUACACUGCUAAUAUGACAACCAUUAAUCCAGGCAACGGUCCACCGAUUGCAGCCAUUUUGCUCCGCAAGAAGCGAAAAAGACGUUCAAAACAUUCAACAAAUUCAAUGGUCAACGCACAUUCAACAUCCCCCUGCUCCUCACAUCCAUCGGACCCAAAUGGGGACAUUUCAUCUUGUGAUGAGUUUCAAAAACAUUCAGAUGUAGAACAUAAUGAUCUCAGUGGCUCUUGUCCAGAUUUGACUGCUCAGCAAAUUCAGAAGUGGGAUGAUUAUUUGUAUGAAACGGCAAAAGCAGUAAACGAAAACGGAGUUCUACACGAGAGUACCGGAGAAAGAACAUCGGAAGACCUCAGUUCUUCGGUGUACGAGGUUGCAGCUCCUGGAAUUAUGGAAACUUUAACACAGACAAUUUCUGGAACAUCAAAUAAAGAACUUCAAAAACUGGAUCAAGAAAUUAAUGGAAAUGUUAUGACAUCAUCAAUGGUCUUGAGAAAACUUGCGAAUCACACUUUCAUAUCAGAUGGCUGUUCAGAAAAGACACUGGAACAAGAAAUGAAGGAUUUAACAUUCAGAAGGCCUAUCACACCGCAAAGAUACGGAUAUCCACAAAUCGAUAACAAUGUAUCUCCUUACGUUCAUUUGGCAACGUUGGAUUCAAAAAAGAAAAAAGUCACAAAUCAUUUAAUCGAUAAGGAUGCACUGAAAGCAUAUUUGGAUGAAGAGGAAGAGGAAGAAGAUUUCUUGGAAGGACUGAAUAUUACAGUUAAUAACUUUGACACGUGCGAAGAUUUGAGUCUUUCCGAUGUUGAACAACCAUCUCGAUUCCAACAAUUUCAAGAUGCGAUUCGAAAGAAUACGAUAGUCAUUUCUACGGAUCUUCAAGCACCUGGUAGACAGUGCUGCACAAUUAUGUAGAUAAACAAAGGUUACGCGUUGUUUAAUAAAGUUUUACACAUUUUCAAUAAACAUUUAUUGAAA